AUGGUACAAAAAUAUCAAUCGCCUGUACGUGUCUAUCGUUAUCCAUUUGAACUUGUGAUGGCUGCGUAUGAAAAGCGUUUUCCAACAUGUCCAAUGAUACCUGUUUUUCUUGGUUCUGAUAUAGCAUCUGAAUUUCGUAGCGAAGAUGGGGCCGUAGAAAUCAUCGAACGGCGUUGCCGAUUAAAUGUCGAUGCACCUUAUCUACUUAAAAAGAUUGUCAAUGUUGAUUAUGUUAUAUUUUUCCAAAAAAAUCAUCUCGAUCGUCGACAACGUACAUUGCGUAUUGAUGCAUGGAAUGAAAGCUUUUCAUCACGUUUAAUAAUCAAAGAAUUCUGUCAUUAUUACGUUCACCCAGAAAAUGCUCUGUGGACAUGCUUUGAACAAAGUGCAUCUUUAGAAAUAAAAUCAUUUUUUGGAUUUGAAGCGACCGUUGAAAAAAUGGCUAUGAAACAAUAUUCAGCUAAUUUAUCGAAAGGAAAAGAAAUUAUUGAAUAUUAUGUGAAUGAAUUAAUGGAUCAAGGAAUAAAAAAUAUUCCUCUUUGGAAUGAGGCAUCAGCGUCAACAUCAUCAACACCAACAACAACGGAUCAGGAAUCAACAAAUGAUGAUCCAUCGACACUAGCAGUACGUCGACGAUUAUCAGCACCACAAGAUGCAUCGAAUAUAUUUGCUUCAUCAUCCCCACCGACAGCAUCAGGAUUAGCCGCAACAACAGCAGCACAUUUUUCCUCCCUAUCCGAUGAACUCGAAACGUUUCAAAUCGAUGAAAAUUCAACCGAAAAGCAGUCUGUCGGAAACAUUGACGAUGAAUAUAUACGUCGUUAUAUUGGCCAAUUAGAUCCAUUUGAAGAAAGCUGUCUUGUACAACUUCGCCAAUGGAUUGCAGAAACCCACAAAGGAAAAUUACCAAAUGAUUCUCAUUUACUUCGAUUUCUUCGCGCUAGACGAUUCGAUAUUGAAAAAACAAAAGAAAGUGUUUGUCACUCGUUAGCAUGGCGUAAAAAGAAUUGUAUUGAUCGUUUACUUGUGGAUUAUGAAAGUCCUGAAGUGAUACAACGAUUUUUUCCUGGUGCUUGGGGUGGCAAUGAUCGUGAGGGUCGACCUAUCUACAUUUUACGUGUUGGCGAAAUUGAUGUACGCGGUGUAAUGAAAGCAGUACAUGGUGAAGAUGUUUGGAUCAGACAUGUAUUAUGUCUAGUUGAAGAAGGUUUAAAGAAAUGUGAAGAAAAUACCAAAAUUUUCGGUAAACCUAUAAGUUCUGUAUGUGUUAUUCUUGAUUUCGAAAACUUCAGUGUUAAACAUUUAUACCGACCUGUAUUUCGAGUUAUUUCACAAAUAAGUGAUACCGUUGAAGCUAAUUAUCCAGAAACACUUGGACGAAUGUUUCUAACACGUUGUCCUCGUGUUAUACCAGUAUUAUGGACAAUAAUCAAUACGUUUGUUGAAGAACGAACACGAGAAAAAUUUACUAUACUUAAAACUGAUGAACUAACUGAAUAUAUUGAUGAAAUAAACAUUCCUGAUUUUCUUGGUGGUCAAUUGUCUCUUCACGCACCAUCUGGUGGAGUUGUUCCACGUUCGCUGUACGUCCAUGAAGAUGAACCGGAUAAAUUUGAUGCGGAAAAUUCUCUAUUUGGCGACAGUUCAUAUACAGUUGUAACAAUAAAAGAUGGCGAUGUACACGAGGUACUUAUUCCAAUAUCACAAAAAGGUGACAAAAUUUGGUAUGAUUUUGAUUUACUAAAAUCCGAAUGUACAUUUACAAUAUAUCGCAUCGGAAAAAUCAAAGCAACUGAGCAUGAUGAUAAUGAAGAUAAUUUACGUCCUUCAUCUCCAACUCCGAAAUCUAAUUCAACAUUACAUGCAACGACUAUUUAUGAUAAACCAUUAGUUGAAUCAACAACAGAUGAUAUUACACGAUUAUCUCAGCCUUCGGUUUAUCACGCUGGCGAUUCUGUGCAAGAAACAUAUGUUUGUCAACAACCUGGAAACUAUGCAUUGCAAUGGCGUCAUUCGACAAGUCAUCAUAGCGCGAGUCCAUUCGAUUUUAUUAGUGGAAGUCACAAGACAAAGAUCAUGUAUCACUAUGAAAGACAAUCGUCAGAUAAUAAUAAUAAUAAUAAUAAUACAACUAUGCUUAAAUUAUUUGCAUUUAUUGUUUACGUUGUAUUGACUUCGACAAAAGCUGAAGAUGGCCAUUGUAUAUGGUAUGGACCUUGUGGAGAAAAUGCACUGGGUAAAAUAACUAAUUGUUAUUAUAAUGGUACUGCACAAUUGUUAACUGAUGAAUCAGCAUUGAAAACAUUAGAAACCGCUUGUGGAAUGAUCUAUAAUGGUACCAAUAAUACUUAUACAUGCUGCUCGGGGGAUCAAAUAAAAAUCAUGGCCGAUCAAUUUGGCUUGGCAAAAUUAAUGUUAGGCCGUUGUCCAUCAUGUUAUUACAAUUUUCGUUCGUUGUUUUGUGCAAUGACUUGUGCUCCGGAUCAAAGUCGGUUUUUAACUGUGAAAGAUUUAGGCACCAGUAUAUCAUUUCCAAAUCGAACAACAGUCGAAUCUAUAUAUUAUGAUGUAGCUGAAGAUUUUUCUCAGCGUAUACUUGACUCUUGUCGAGACGUUUUAUAUCCCGGUGGUAAUCAACAUUCACUUGAUUCCAUGUGUGGUCGACCGUAUGAUAAAUGUACAAAAGAAGCGUUUAUGGCAUAUUUAGGUAUCGGUAAUCCUGCUGUACCAUUUCCAAUCUAUAUCAAUAUGAUGAAUGAUACAAGUCAAUAUGAAACAUUUUAUAAUCAAACAACAUUUGUAUGUAGCGAACCAAUAGUAUCAAGAUAUGAAAAUAAAACAGCAUGUGGAUGUUUGGAUUGUUCAAAAUCUUGUAGGCCAAUACCACCCGAUGUUCCCGAUAAGGAAUUUAAAAUAUUUAAUAUCGAUGGAUGGGUAGUUAUUGCUCUUAUGGUAAUUGUACUUUUCGUGGCUACAUUUUUUACCUCGUUAUUUGUUAUACCAAAAUUUCGAAAACCUCGACAAAUUGUUGAAGAAUCAACAGAGACCACCGCAUUAAUCAAUGGGCCAAUCAGUCGAAAUAAACUCGGACGUUUAAUUCGUGUACGUCUAAGUACAGAGAAUUUUCUUCAACAAAUUUUUUAUAAUUUGGGUCUUUACUGUGCUCAACAUCCAUUUAUUGUUCUAUCUAUUGGCACUGUUUUAAUUGCUGCUCUAUCCUGUGGCCUACUUAAAUUUAAAGUUACAACCGACCCUGUCCUAUUAUGGUCAGCGAAAUCGAGUAUUGCUCGACAACAAAAAGAUUAUUUUGAUAAACAUUUUAAACCUUUUUAUCGUACAACACAAAUAAUUAUUGUUCCCGAUGAUCAAUCGUUUACAACACAUUAUUACCUAUCUCCACCGGCACCGGCUAGUGAAUACACAUUUGGACCUGUAUUUAAUUUAGAUUUUCUCUUUCGUGUACUUGAUCUUCAAACAGAUGUUUUAUCACUUACAGCUGAUUUGAAAGAAAAAAAUCGGACAGUUCUAUUAUCAGAUAUUUGUUUCAAACCAUUAGCACCCGAUAAUGAAAAUUGUACAGUUUUUUCAAUUUUACAAUAUUAUCAAAAUUCAAAAGAUAAAUUAAAUACAUCUAUUCAUGAUGACUUUUUUACUUAUUUUGAUUAUUCAACACAUUUUAUGACAUGUUCAGAAGCGCCGACCACAACCAAAGAUAAUCCAUUGAAUAUAUCAUGUUUUGCUGAUUUUGGUGGAACCAUUAAUCCGUUUAUGAUAUUGGGUAAUUAUUCCGGCUCAACAUAUGCGAAUGCAACAGCAUUAGUUAUUACGAUUGUAAUUGAAAAUUCAAAUGACCCAGAGAAAAUUCAAUUAGCUGAAGCAUGGGAAAAAGUUUUUCUUGAUUAUAUGAAAAAUUUUACUGAAACUCAAAAGGCACUGCGUGCUGCUGGUCGUUGGGAUGAAACAGCAAAUUUUACUGUUUUCUACAGUGCUGAACGUUCUAUUCAAGAUGAAUUAAAUCGUCAGAGUCGUUCUGAUAUUUUUACUAUUAUUAUAUCUUAUUCAAUCAUGUUUCUCUACGUAACCUUAACACUCGGUCGUAUUCGUUCGUGGCGAACAUUUUUCAUAGAUUUAAAAAUAUCUGUUGGUUUCAUUGGUGUAUUUUUCGUGUUAAUAUCUGUUAUGAGUUCCAUAGGAUUCUAUUCAUAUUGUGGUCUAGCUGGUACAUUAAUUAUAUUUGAAGUUAUACCAUUUCUUGUCUUGGCUGUUGGUGUCGAUAAUAUAUUUAUCAUCGUUCAACAUUUCGAACAUGCUAAAACUGAAAAACAUCCAUCCAUCGACAUAUGCUUAGCUAAAACAAUAGGCCGCGUCGGCCCAUCAAUACUAUUAACAGCAACAAGUGAAUCGAUUGCUUUUGUACUUGGCUCAUUGACACCAAUGCCUGCUGUACAACUUUUUUCAUUAUACGCAUUCAUGGCUGUUUUUAUUGAUUUUCUACUGCAAAUAACUUGUUUUGUAUCUAUACUUGCACUUGAUGCUAAACGGCAGCAAUCAGAUCGGCCGGAUCUAUGCUGUUGUGUACCUAUGAAAUUAGAAUCAACAACGAAUGAAGCAGAACAAGAAUCAAAAGGAAUGCUACAACAAGUUUUCACACGUAUUUGGACGCCAAUGGUAUUGGGUUCAUCUUACAUACGUGCAAUUUUAUUUUCAUUAUUCAUUAUUACUACAUGUCUAUCACUUUCAAGCAUACAUCGUAUUUCCGUUGGUCUUGAUCAAAAAUUAUCGAUGCCAAAAGAUUCCUAUGUUUUAGAUUAUUUUCGUGGACUGGAAGAAUAUUUAAGUGUUGGUCCACCAGUUUAUUUCAUUGUUAAUCAAGAUGCUAUCGAUUAUACGAAAAUUGAUGAUCAAGAUUUACUCUGUGGUACAUCAGGCUGUUCAUCAAUAUCAUUACUUGGACAAAUCGGAGAAGCAUUACGACAACCAAAUCGUUAUUAUCUAGCACAACCACCAUCAUCAUGGCUCGAUGAUUAUUUUGAUUGGCUACAAUCAACAAAUGAUCCACCUUGUUGUAGAAUAAAUAAUCAAACAAAACAAUUUUGUCCGGCUACAUUAAACGAUACAGCAUGUCAACCAUGUCCAAUAAAAUUUCUAGAAAAUCAACGACCAUCACCAGAUGAUUUCCGACAAUAUAUUGAAUAUUUUCUAAUUGACAAUCCGGGCGAAAAAUGUCCAAAGGGUGGUCAUGCUGCAUAUCAUGAUGCUAUCGAGCUAGUUAAUAAUACAUAUGUUAAAAGUUCAUAUUUUAUGGGUUUUCAUUCUGUAUUGAAAACAUCAAAAGAUUAUAUUGAUGCAAUGAAAAGUGCAAAUGAAAUAGCAAAAAAUAUUUCAAGAACAAUUUUAAAUAAUCACAGUCAUCCAUACCAUGAUUCAAAUAAACUUGAAGACUAUCCAGUUGUUCCAUAUAGCGUUUUCUACGUAUUCUACGAUCAAUAUUUAACCAUAUGGCAUAAUCUUAUUAUGAACUUAUCAUUAUCAUUUGCAGCUGUAUUUGUUGUAACAUGCGUAUUACUUGGCUUUGAUUUUCAUACAUCGUUUCUCAUUCUUCUUUGCGUCUUUAUGAUUAUAAUUGAUAUGUUUGGCGUUAUGUUUCUAUGGAAAAUCGAACUUAAUGCUAUAUCCGUUGUAAACAUAGUCAUGUCGGUUGGCAUUGCAGUUGAAUUUAUUGCUCAUAUCGCACGUUAUUUUGCUGUUAGUCAAGGUGAAGAUCGAUUGUUGCGUGCACGUACAGCAUUAUCUGAAAUGGGUAGCUCCGUAUUCAGCGGCAUAACAUUAACCAAGAUUGGCGGUGUUGUCGUUCUUGCAUUUGCAAAGUCACAACUUUUCCAGGUGUUCUAUUUUCGUAUGUAUUUUUCAUUGGUUGUGAUUGGUGCAUUGCAUGGUUUAGUUUUUCUUCCGAUCUUACUCAGCUAUUUUGGACCACAUUCAAUAACAUUUAUUGAUCAUAGAAAACGUUCGUAUCUAAAUGAUGAUACUAUACCAAGUGAAGUUGUUGCCAAUGGAAAUGCGUAA